AUGCUCGGAAUGGCCAUCCACACCCUGGGUCAGCAAUACUCUUACCUUCGGCCCAAAACGGCAAGAUCAUUCUUACCUCCUUUCUCUGCCUACGCUGACCAUACACCAGUACAUCAUUGUCUUCGUAGCCUGCGACUUUAUCUCCCUCAUAUUUCAGGCUGUAGGUGGAGGCUGGGCCGCCACCGUCGAUCCUCCGAUCCUCCGACCCCGCGUACCCCUACCAAUAUCAUGGUCGUCGGCAUCGUCUUUCAACUCGUCUCCAUGAUCAUCUUCUCCUACCUCGCUUUCGACUUUAUGCUGCGCGCGAUGCAGAGGAGGCCUUACCCAGGGAGGCACCAGCAGGAUGGGGUGGAGAUGCAGUCUAGCAUGCCAGGGAUGGGAGGGAAGGAGUAUGGCAGCGGCGCUGAGAGAGAGUAUGGAUAUGGGCAAGGGGUGAGGGGGUUUAGGAAUGAAGAGUUGGUGAGAGGGUGGAAGUUUGUGAUGAUUGGGACAGGUAUUUGCUCUCUGAUGAUCAUCAUUCGAGGUAUCUACCGUUCAGUCGAGCUUGUCCAAGGCUGGGAAGGUCACCUCAUCACUCACGAGGUGUACCAAGAUACUCUUGACGGAAUUCCCAUGACACUUGCUCUUGCGGCUGUGGCCGUGUUCCACCCGACCUUCUACCUUCCCAGGAGACAAAGCUGGCAAAAGGCUUAG